AUGUUAAUUAAAAUAAUUAUUUUUCUUUGUUUAAUUGCUUGUUAUGUUAAUGGAAUGAGACAACAAGCUGUAGCUGUUAAAGGAAUUUUAUUAUGUGGGAAUCGUCCGGCUGGGGGUGUUAAAGAUGAUGGACCUGAUCCAGAUGAUGUUUUAGAUGAGGCCUUUACUGACGGCUCUGGCUCUUUUUCAUUACGUGGAUCGACUCGUGAGUUGACCACUAUUGAUCCAGUUCUAAAAAUUUAUCAUGAUUGUGAUGAUGGAAUAAUGCCUGGACAAAGAAAGGUUAAAUUGCGUAUUCCUUCACAGUACAUUUCUUCUGGAGGUCUAGCAAGACGCACGUUUGAUGUCGGAGUCUUAAAUCUCGAGACUAUUUUUGCAAAAGAAGAACGAGACCUUCUUUGA